UUUUGUAAGCACAUCCGCCACUGUGUACAUGCUCGUCUCCGGUUGAGAGGCAAGGCGAUUUUCAAACUGCUGCAUCUAGGGUUAAGGCUGCUGAAAGAGCUUGGAUUGGAGCAUGAUGCCAAUGUGAGAAUUGGCAGUGAAACAAGCUGGGGCAUUUCAGGAGUUGAGAAGCGUAGAGUAUCCAUCGGUGUAGAUCAAGCUCAUGACCCUCCUAUUCUUCUAAUCGAUGAACCAACAUCAGGACUGUAUUCAGCAUCAGCUCUUCAUGUAGUUAUGUUGCUCAAAUCUAUGGCUACGAAGCAGAGUAAAACAAUUUUGUUAACUACCAUCAACCUGGUUUCCCAAAUCCGAAUCCUUGAGCUGUUUGAUCAGAUCCUAUUGUCAAAUGGCACUGUUGUUCACCAAGGAUCUCUGCAUCUCCUUUAGCAGCAGCUUAGAUUUGCUGGUCAUUCCAUUCCCAGCAAUGUUAAUGUGCUUGAAUUUGCCUUCGAAGUGACAGAAGCCCUAGUCACAGACUCAGGAGAAAGUGAAAUAGAAAGUAGAGUGACAGAAUAAGAUUAUGAAGAGAUCAGAAGAGGUCCUAACCUUAGAAAAAUGUCAAAGAGGCUAAAAUAUUUACCCCAAUGGUAGAUUCAAGGAGGGUUUAGUAAUGGUUCAGUGAUUCUCCACCAUUAUUUGCAGAACCGAUCAGUUCUUCACAGCAAGAAUAAUACAAGCACUGUUUGCUGGGGUUAUGCUUGGGACUAUUUUUAUGAAUGCAACUAAUGACCCAAAGAAAUACAAACAACAAAUUUGCCUUCAGCCUCACCUUGCUUGAAUCCACAACAGAAGACCUACCAAUUUUCUUGAAAGACAGAAGAAUUUUUAAUGAGAGAAACUUCAAAAGGAUAUUAUGGAGUUUCUUCUUAUUCUUGUGCUUCUCCCAUUACUGUUAAUUGUGGCACUCCUCUAAUGCACCCCAUUGGGUUGGCUAGUUGGACUGAGAAGGGAAAUUGAUGGAUUCAUCUAUCUCUUAUUGGUGGUAUGGAUGGCCUUUUUGAUGUCAAACUCUUUAGUUGCAUGCUUUAGUGCUCUUGUGCAAAAUUUCAUCAUGGGAACAUCUUUAAUUGCUGGCCUUAUGGGGCAUUUUUUCCCCUCUUUCUGGGCAUUCCACAGCAAAACAGGACAUACCGUAGUUUAAAUAUCCAUUUCAGUGUUUUAUAAUAAAUAAGCAUGGAAAAGGGAAGGGAAAUAGGAGAUGCUUGGAGAAUAUGGAAGGAAACUUCUACCUGUAUGGUUACAGUUUCUGAUGCAACAAAGUCUGAAAGACUCAAAGAAAUAGGGUAAAAUAGGAGUAAUGUUAAGCUUCAUUCGUGGAUACAGAUUUCUUUGCUUCUUGAUUCUAUACUACAGAUCACAAAGAACUUGGAAUUUGAAAUUUUUUUCAGAAAGAAAAUUGGAAAGUACAAUAAAAAGUUAGACAGUUCUGCUUGUUUCUGCU